CCCAAUCGGGAACUAGUGACGCGCUAAACGCAAAAAGCCGACCGCAAAAAUGUAAACAACAAAAAAGAAACCCCGUCGUGUUAUUAUUAUUAUUUUAUUCAACCACCAACCACCCGCCACCCCGUCCGCCCUGCUUUCGCCAGAUACACGCGCGCGCACACACAUAUAUAUAGCUCUCGCAGCGCCAGAACCACUCUAGACCGAGUCGCAUAUCCCUCGCGAUCCAGUCGGUACCAACAUCUCUGCACCAUGUCGGCUGCUUUACCCUACCUGCGCGCGCUCCGCAAGAGCGACCUCGUUUCUCUGGCCGAGCUGUCGGACAUGAAGGAUUUCGCGGACAUGAAGAAGACCGAGCUCGAAGCUGCGCUGGACACCCAUCUGUCGCAGAACAAGAACCGUCUCGCCAGCGAGUCUAAACUGAGCGAUUACUACGAGAGACUGGCCCGGCCGCCGCGUGGAUCGCCGAUAAAGAAGGAGCCAAAGGUCGAGGUGACUUCGUUCGACGGCUCCAGCUCGGUCAAGCGCUCGACGCGUAGACGGUCCGUCAAGCCAAAGGAAGAAGUCGAAGCAACGGACGAGUCGGAUGAAUCUUCGUCCAAGUCUUCUCCUGCACCCGAGCCGGCUCCGGUUGCCACUCAGACCCCCUCGCGUCCAGCCAUCAAGUUCCCUUCCCUACCACCCUCUCCGGCAGUGGUAACGGACGCGAUUGACAGACAGACCACCAGAGUCCGCAAGUCUGUAUCCGAAGCAUGGGACCAGUCUGGCAUGACCGAGCGGACGCACAGUCUGCGUUCGUUGCUCAGCAGCACCUCAACCAUCCAGAUCUUGAUCCUUAUUCUUGAGCUGUCCAGCGUAAUAAAUGCCAUCAUGCCCUGGAGGAAGUUCACUUUCCCUGCCAUCGAGGUCCUGAAUACCUCUGCCUGCACCCACAAUAUACCAGACCUGUUCAACACUUUCCAGCCGGCCUUCUGGUCUCCCCUGUUGCUCUGGACUACCACCAGUGUUGUCCUGCCGUCUAUCAUCGCGUAUUUCUUCGACAUCAACCUUAAGAUGAGCCAGUCUACCUCUUCCACCACACGUCGAUCCGCAGCUGCGGCUGCGGCUCAGGACAAGGGAAAGGUCUGCGGAGAUCCCUUGGUGUUCAACGUGGCAAAAGCCUUGAUUGCCUCCAUCGUGUACGGGAGCGGGUUCAACUUCUGGAACAUGUUCAGCCAGACUUCUGUUUUGAAAGUUGUCAGUGCUGUUCCAUGGGGAUUGCAGGGCCUACUCACCGGCUCUGCCAUCUGUACUCUAGGAAGUCUGUACGAAGCCAUCUUGAGAAAGUAG